AUGAGUAAAUUUGCUUUACAAAAGAACGUUCCUUUGGAACUUGCUGACCUAAGUAUACGUGGUACAGUUGGACCACAAACAAUACAUGUUUAUGAUAAACUAUGUUUUAAUAAAUCCAUUGACUAUCUUAAUCCACGAUCUGAAUAUAUCCGUGUCAUUAUUAUUGAAUGGCCAACAAAAUCUUCAAUUCCAGUAGCACACAUUUUUUCAGCAGAUAUUCAAUGUAGUUUACUCAGUGCUCGACGUUGUGAAAAUUUCGAUGAUUAUUGUCAACAAGUUGAUUGA